GAACACAGGAUGAAGCAAGAAGAGAACUAGCAGCAGAUAUUAUUAAACAGUUUACCAACGUGGUGAAACCUCUUGAAUCAACUCUAGAAAGUGGGAUCAUUCAUGGAGACUUCAAUGAACAGAAUAUUAUCAUGAAGGAGGUUGAGGGAGGGGAGUACGAGGUUUAUGGAGUUCUUGAUUUUGGAGACUCACAUUAUAACCCUCUGAUUUAUGAAUUGGCCAUUACCAUUAUGUAUAUGAUGACACAAUGCAGGUGUAUAAGAGCGUAUAAAGCAGGCGGCCAUGUUAUUGCAGGAUACAUAACAAACAGAAAAUUAUGUGACGUGGAGAGGAAAAUUUUAAGAUUGUGUGUAGCUGCAAGGUAUGCUCAGAGUUUAGUGAUGGGUGCCUUCUCCUACCAACAACAGCCGUGGAAUGAAUAUCUACUCAUCACAUCAAAAACUGGUUGGACCAUUCUUCAGGAAUUCUGGAAUAUUCCAGAAGAGCAACUUUACAGAGAGUGGGACGCAAUUAUCUCCUCUUACAAUCCGUCCCAGUCUUCAUACUUUACUUCUACAGCAUCAGAGUGAUUAAUUUCAGAAUACAGGGAUUUAUUUUUUUACUUGAACUUUUUCACCAACCCGAUCAUAAAUAUAAAUUAUAAAUGUAUUAUCAUGUCAAAU